CUGAUUGCAUUAUCGGCUCAGAUUGAACCUGUGGAGCAGAAAUACGAGAGUUAAGUCCAAGUAGUUUAUUCUAUUUUUAGACUACUGUGAGUUUAACGUCUGGGGCAGGUUGGUGGUUUUGUGGAGCUCCCGAUUUGUGUGAACCAACGAAAACUGCUGAAAUGUCUUCAGACGAAGACAGGGCCAAGGAGAUUCUGAAAGGCUUCAAACUAAACUGGAUGAAUCUUCGAGAUGCAGAGACGGGUAAAGUGCUGUGGCAGGGAACUGAUGACCUUUCUGUACCGGGAGUUGAACAUGAAGCUCGGGUCCCUAAGAAGAUCUUGAAAUGUAAAGCGGUAUCCAGGGAGCUGAAUUUUUCAUCCUCAGAGAAACUGGAAAAGUUCAGACUGGAGCAGAAAGUUUUCUUCAAAGGACAGUGUCUAGAAGAAUGGUUCUUUGAGUUUGGAUUUGUUAUCCCCAACUCCACCAACACGUGGCAGUCUCUGAUUGAAGCAGCUCCAGAAUCACAGAUGAUGCCAGCCAACGUUUUAACUGGUAAUGUGAUCAUAGAAACAAAGUUCUACGAUGACGACCUCCAUGUCAGCACCUCCAGGGUACGGCUCUUCUACGUUUGACCUGACACCUGCUCUACCUUCCAGAAAUGCUGACUUCCUGCCAAGGUCUUUAAACGACAAAGCUGAACUCCAUUUAGCAUCAGGAAGUAGCUCUUUGUUGACCUUGGUUCAACAUACGUGGGCACAAAUGGCUGCUACUGCAGUCAUCAAAGUGAACUUUAUAUGUGGCUGUUUUUUUGUUUUAGUCUUGACUUGAAAACCUCUCAACCUUGGGAAGAGAGGAAAGAGGAAGUGGGGGAAGAGCUCAGCUUUGCUCCCACUUGGUCCCAGGACUUCCCAGGACUGUUCUACUGGAUAUCUAUUAUCACUAAUCCCAAGUCAACCAGGGAGCACCUCUGUAAUUGACACAGACUGUGCUUGGUAAGAGUCUUUUUAUUUAUUUAUUUCACUCCAUGGUCACUGAUACUCAGGAACAAGUCAUCAUUUUGUCAUUGCCAUCUGAGCUUGUAACACAUUUGUUCAAAAAGCAACCCAAACGGUCGGCAUCAACACGUUUCAUGUUUUGUCUCACCAUGUCCCAUUCCAGGAGUCUCAUCCUGUGGAGUCCACGUCUCUUAAGCAGAUGUGUUCUAAUUGACACUGUCCCAACAGGCUCAGUGAAACAUAGCCUUUCUCACUUUGGAGGACAUAAGCUGUGUGUUCAGCCUUUGAAGAUUAGAUUGGACUAGAUCAGUGGUGUCCAAUGUAUUCCAGAAAGGGCCGAGAGGGUGCAGGUUUUCUUUGCAGCCACUGACUCCAGCAAAUGAUUUCACUGAUGAACUCAUCAC